CUCCCUCUCUCAAUAGUAGCAGGGAGGAAGGAGGGUGGGCACAAGACAGAGGGAAGAAAGAAAACAAAAAGAAUUGGAUGCUACUGUGUCUGAAUAUGUCUUUAACUUGUAGAUAAUUACAUCUGAGUUGCGCUUUUGCCUUUUUAUUUCCGUUUUGGGACACCUCUUUUAUCAUCCAGCCAACUGGGAUAGACAAAGCACUGUUGGUGCCCUGAGCGACAGAACUCUGACUUUGCCAUGGGGUGCGGACUUAGAAAGCUAGAAGACCCUGAUGAUAGCAGCCCUGGAAAAAUAUUUUCUACCCUGAAGAGACCGCAAGUGGAAACAAAGACAGAAUUUGCUUACGAAUAUGUAUUGCUGGAUUUUACUUUACAAGCUUCACCAAAUCCAGAAGUUAUCAAGAUAAAUUCAAUUCUGGAUAUAGUAACAAAAGUGGAAGACUAUUAUCUUAAAGGAUAUGUUGUUGGGGCCAUUCAUCCUGCUAUACAAUCUGUGGGGCAGCGAAAACACCUACCAGCAAGUUACCUAUAUCGGGUGGUGCUAUUGCGCUUGAAAUUAAGCCCGAAGCAUUCAGCAGCACCCAGGGUACAGAGACACCCAAGACUUGUGAUUGAGGAAUGUCCUCUAACUUAUGAGACACAAACAAAUGAUAUAGCUAAAGAACUGAUAGAAAAGAUUAAUGUCGCUGCUAAAAAAGGAAUGAAAUUUGUUGGAUUCAUAUCACAGCAUUAUCCACCACCUAAAUACUGUAAUGGAACCAACUAUGAUGGAGAUAUAGAAUCAAUGCUGCAUGUGAGACACAGUUCAGAUGAGAACUGUAAAAGUUGGAAUGAAGGAACAUUAAGUGGGCAAUCGUCUGAAAGUGGAAUUGAAGAAGAACUUCAUCAUGAAAGUGGACAGUAUCAAAUGGAACAAAAUGACAGCCCCAGCUCCUCUAAACUAAGAAAGGGAGAAGAUAACAAGUUGUAUAUAGUUUUCAAUGUUUUUGAUGAUGAUUCAACAUGCUGGACCUAUCAGGAAGGAGUCCUAUCAAUGAAAGUAACAAGAAAAGGAUCUAUCAUUAGUACACUUGAUGCUGAUUGGCUACAGUUAACUACAUUUUAUUAUAAGCAAGGCUUGUCUUUAAUGGAUUCUUUUGUAUGCUGGGAAACACCUAAAGGGGACCAUUUGCCCAAAUCUUUGGAAGGAUUUUUUAUCUAUGAAGAAGAAGGCUCUGGCAUUCCAGGUUCUAACAGGAAAGGAAAUGAUGCCAUUGUAGUAGAACAAUGGACUGUCAUUGAGGGCUGUGAAAUCAAAACAGAUUAUGGCCCUCUGCUACACACUCUGGCUGAAUUUGGAUGGCUCCUGACAAGCGUGUUGCCUACACCCAUAUUGAGACAUGACAGUGAGGGGAAUCUGGCUACAAAGCAGGUGGUAUUCCUUCAGAGGCCAGUUAUGUGGAAUUCAGCUGUGCAGACCCCAGAAAGGAAAGCAAGCCCUUUUAUGAAAGGCGACGACAGAAACAAAGUCAGCAGCAGGAGCAUCGGAUUAGACGCAGGCGGGUCGCAGCCUAUGGAGGCCAGAGCCCCGCCAGAGGAGGGCCGCUUCUCGCCUUCAGGAGAAUGCUGGACCAAGGAGGGGAGGCCAGCACAGUGCAGUGGCUUCUCGGGGUUCAGCAGCAGCGACAGUGUCCUUCGGGAACUAGAUGAAGGACAGUUUGACCAGGAGGACGGAGUGACUCAGGUCACUUGCAUGUGAGCCUCCAGGUGAAAGAACAGAGGUCCUGUAAAUAGUCAUUAAAAUAAUUGCCAACUGACUAUAUUACUGUACCUGCAUUUAUGUGAUAUCCUUGAAUUUUUAGACUCAACCUUUCCUCUAAUCUGUGUAAACUUUGGCUCAAUCUUCUAGACAAGGAAGAAUAACCAACAUAUUUGUAAAUUUAGAAUCAUGUUUACACUUCUCUCAACUAAAACAUCUGUCUAAACAGAUGUCCCAUUAGGUUAUUAAGCAAUAAUCUACUUCAGUUUCUCAUGAAUGUACAAAAUAUAUUUUGCUUACCAUUCCUGUUAAGAAGACUGAAUAUUCCAGUCAGUAUUUUACCUAAUUAGAGAAUUCUCAGGAAGUUACAGAGGCUUAUUUAAACUGAAAAAUAAUCUCUCUUUCUCUUACAUACAAAUCAGCACAGCGCACAGACACAUAACUGAUUGGUAAAAAUAAAUACCUAUUUUCUGAAUAAAACAAUCCAAAUUUUCUCUUUGACUAUGGACUGUAUAUACAAAGAAAGCCCCUACCUGUUAAAAUAUUCUCUGAAAAACAUAAAUUCUUUCUGUGUGUCUUUGCUUUUAAAGACUCAUCAGUUACCAGCCCUGUAUUGAUUCAUUGAGCUUAAACAUUAUUGCUCCUACUAGCUUAGAAAUAUAGCAAAGCAGCAUCUUUUAAAAUUCAAUACAAAAGCCAGGCAUGGUGGUGCAAGCCUAUAAUCCUAGCAGUUCGGGAGGCUCAGGCUCAAGGCCAGCCUCAGCAACUAAGCAAUUUAGCAAGACCCUAUCUCAGAAAAUAAAAAGGGCUGGGGAUGAGGCUCAGUGCCUAAGCAUCCCUGGGUUCAAUCCCUGGUACCAAAACACACACACACACACACACACAAAAAAAAAAAAAAAGAUUCAACACAAAACCCCAACUUGUAAAAACCUCAAUAGACAGAAAUAUUUAAUUUUCUUUAAUUGUGAACACCAUAAAAGAACAAAAUAUCAAAUUUAAGUCUACAUCUUUCUAGAUUUGAAUUAUGCUUUUAUUUUGACUUGCUAAAUCCUGAAGAAUGUUGAAACCCAGAAUUUUUUUCAGUCCUGCAAGAGUGGAGAGGUGCUCAUAGCACGUGUGGUGUUUAUGAGGAUCUGCUCAUCUCUGCCUUUCUCACUACUGCUAAUAGGCAUGCCUUUGCCUUGCCCUAAUAAUAUUCUGCAAAAUAGAGGAUUUUCAUGUAUGUUUGAAUAGCUUACUUUAGAAGGUGAGGACCUUCAAGUGAAUUACAAUUGACCUUACCCAUUGAUGAGUUCAGCCCAUUAUAUUUAUAUUUUUUAGUACUGAUGUUGACAUUGUAAGAUCAUUUGAAUAAUAAAAUAUCAUUUGUUA